GGUCAUUUUAAGACUAGUUUGAGUAUUUUCUCUAUAUAAUGUUACAUGCUGCCCCGUUUAAGAUGAACAUAUAGUAAACAAUUGUCUUGCUUCUCCUCUAGAUACAUAGCUUAUACAGCAUCUACAUAGUGAUGGCGUUUGCAGCAGUGUUUCUUGUGAUCCUGAUGGCCACACCGUCGGUCUUUGCCAUGGAUUAUCCUCCCUUGAAUUACCCCGUUUAUUGGAACUUAGCCACUAACUACACAAUAUGGACCACCAGAUCGCUAAGUGCUGGUGAUAAGCUUACUUUUAUCUACGAUUUCACACACACUGUGGAAGAAGUAAGCAAAAGUGACUACGAAAAUUGUGUUUCUAGCAAUGCUCUUGAAACACACACCGGUGGAAAUACCACCAUUACUUUGAAGGAAGGUCCAUCGUACUUCAUUUGUGGCACCCCUGGACAUUGUGCUAAAGGCAUGAAGCUACAAGUAACUGCUAAAGCUCCCGGAAUGUCUACUCCGACUGGUGGCAAUGGAGCCGUAGGGCUUUCGAGUGUGGCUCCCUUGAUUAUUGGUUUGCCACUUGCUUUGGUUGCUUUCCUUUCCUAGAGAGAGGCAGCGCAGAUGAUGUAUCAUUGGUUUAAAAUUUUGUCACGCAUUUUAAAAUUAAUAUUAAUAAGUGAAAUCAAUUAAAUGUUUAUAUAUAGCCCUUAAUCCU